AUGGUAGAAUCAGAUGAUGAUGCAGAUGAUGCAAAGUAUGCACAGGUAACAACCUCCUGCUCCAGUUCCCGUUCCACCAGUUGCAACUGGACCAGAUUUUCGUGCUUUCUUCAGAAUGAAUCCUCCAGAAUUUGUGGUGGUCUAGAUUUGGUAUUGGCUCAUGAUUGGUUGGCUGUAAUGGAGAGAGUGUUUCAGGCCAUCCAAUGUACUGAAGAGGAGAAGGUCAUCUUUGCAACUCAGAAGAUGACAGAACCUGCUGCUAGGUGGUGGAAGACGGCGUCUACCAUCUUCACUACCCAAGGGAUUCCUAUGGACUGGCAACACUUCAAAACAGCAUUUCUGGAGAAGUACUUCCCUAACAGUGUACGGACUCAGAAAGAAAGAGAAUUUCAGAACUUCAAGCAAGGCAACAUGUCAGUUUCGGAGUAUGAUGAUAAGUUUGAAGACCUGGCUGAUUACUCCCGACAGGCUGCCUAUGCUCCUGAUGAACUAUGGAAGAUUGAUCAAUUGAAGAGGGUUCAAGAAGAGAGAAGUCAGAAUAGGGCAAGUUUUAGAGAGCAAGGAAGAUCAGGACAGUAUCUAAAGUCCCGCAACUCUCCGACAAAGAAGAAGCAGGAUCAUGGUGACCAGUCAUCUCUACCUCCUCAGUGUGAUAAGUGUAAGAAAAGACAUCGUGGGAAUUUUAGGCCUUUUGGAGCUGCUUGCUAUGAGUGUGGUGAAAUGGGCCACAUGGCUAGGCAUUGUCCAAAGAAGAAAGCUCCUGAGAAGACCACGGGUCGUGUGUAUACCUAG